GUGCUUAAUUAGCUACGUACGUAGCAGUUGAAUUGAACGAUCAUCGCACGCAAACAGGCGAUAUUAGAUCGUUCUUCCACUUCGAAUUUGAAGCACCAUGGCAAACCUUAAUGCGUAUUUAGCUGUAUUGGUUGUGUUGGUGGCGGGUGCAACUGUCACAACUGGUGAUAAAGACUGCCCUUACUGGCAUGAACCAUGUAAAUUUCUCAGUUUUAUCACUUUUACUACGGUUCAAUGUAAGCCUUGUGCUGAUGGAAUGGAGUAUUGGACACUAGAGGAUCCAGUAAAAGAGGGUAGUUGGUGGCUGCCUCCUUGGUUGUUCUCAUAGAUGUAUUAAGAAAUCUCUGCAAGUGCAACUUGCAUACCUAUCCAAACUAAUUAAAGAAUAAACUUUUAU